CUCAUUUACAGUUGGCAAGUGCCACAAUUACAAGAUAUCAUCUUUUCUUUUGGUUACUGUUUCAAGAUUAUAAUGUAACACCUGUGGAUAUAAAUAGCUUCAUGCAUGACUAAUUAUACACCAUGAUCCAGGCACAAACAAUAUAACUCACCUCUUUUAGUCCACAGAACUUAAGGCUAGUCCUCACAUCCUCUUCCUUGAUAUUCCAUGGAUUCAGAAACCGUUACCAAUGCAACCCUACCGAACCACCAAGACGAGACCGAGAAAGAGUUUGAGAAGAAUCAACAACGGUACCAAGACCUAAUCGCCACGUUUCCUCACACCCAAGGCUGGAGACCAAAAUCUCCACUGAUCGGAUACGGUGGUCACUGGAUAGUGAAGCCUCUCCUUGAACGUUGGCUUCACGCGCGAGACGUCUUCCAAGCACGACCCAUUGACUUCUUCGUUUGUAGCUACCCAAAGUCAGGUACCACUUGGCUCAAAGCUCUAACUUUCGCCAUCGCAAAUCGGUCCGCCUCUGACUCUGACCAAUCCUCAAACCCUCUCCUGAAAUGUAACCCUCACGAGCUUGUUCCUUUCAUCGAGGGUGAACUCUCUUUAUUCCAACAAAAUGAUGCUGUCGAGGACAAAGGGAAUACACUGUUCUCGACUCAUAUUCCUCAUGGGUUAUUACCCGAGUCGAUUUCGAAAGCGGGUUCUAAGAUGGUUUACAUCUGGAGAGACCCAAAGGACACCUUUGUCUCCAUGUGGAACUUCUUCCAAAAGGAAAGGUCGGACAAGGGUCCUCUCAACAGUCUUGAGGAGUCUUUUGAUAUGUUCUGUCGAGGCCAUUCUUUUUACGGUCCUUAUCUAGACCAUGUCAUGUCGUAUUGGAAAGCUUAUCAAGAGAAGCCAGAUCAGGUUUUCUUCCUAAAGUACGAGACCAUCAGAGCUGAUCCUUUGCCCUAUGUGAAGAGAUUGGCUGAGUUUAUGGGUUAUGGAUUCACAGCUGAGGAAGAGGAGAAAGGGGUUGUUGAGGAAGUUGUGAAACUCUGCAGUUUCGAGUCGUUGAAGAAUGUUGAAGCCAACAAAGGAGGGAAAGAAAAAGAGGACAUCAAAGGUAAGGUAAGCGGAGGUGAUGUUCCUUCUAAGUUUUAUCCGAAUAGUGCGUAUUUCAGAAAGGGAAAGGUCGGAGAUUGGAGCAACUACUUGACUCCGGAGAUGGCAGCUCGUAUCGAUGGAUUGAUGGAAGAGAAAUUCAAGGACACCGGGUUUUUUGGAUACGGUAAUUGAAUGGCCGGUUUGUGUUCUUAGUUUACUUACAGCACAUGUUAUCUCAUUUUCUCAGUUUUAUUCUACAAUGUAAUAUGUUAUCAUGCAUUUGGUAGAGCAAAUCUUGUUUCUGUUUUUUUUUUCUUUCAAAUUUAUGUUUCUAUAAAAAGUAAUUGGGUUUGUAGCCCAUUUGCCAGCAACCUUUUUUAUCUUUCAUCAGUGUUAUGCUUUCUGUUAAUUUCUCCAUUUUGUGUGUGUAAUUAUGAUAGCAUGAAUCGUACUAUACUAUUUUGUGAUGA